AUGGGAAAAUCGGGCGUUGGAAAAUCUGCAGGAACCAGUGGCACAAAACGCAAUUCCAAACAAGAGACUGCAGAAGAAGCUAAUGAGCGUCCUGAAUGGUUGCCUGAUGGCUGGAAUUUUGAAGUCCGAACCCGAAAAAGUGGUCCGGCUGUGGGAACUGCAUAUAAGUGCUAUGUUGAUCCGUUGAAUAUACAUAAAUUCUACUCCAAACCUGAGGUACUGCGACAUCUUGAAACUACAAAGGACAGCAACGGCUCUUCCAAGAAGAAGAAAGGUACUACUAGCAAGCAUACUCCAAGCAAGGAGGAGGAGAAAUGUAUUGACAAGCAUACUCCAAACAAAGAGAAGCAGAAGCGCACUAAAAGUAACCAACAUUCUUCAAGUAAAGAGGAAGAGAAAUUCACUAGCAUACACUCUCCAAACAAUACUGCAGAGAAAGCUAGUGAACGUCCUGAAUGGUUGCCUGAUGGCUGGGAUAUUAAAGUUCAAACCCGAAAAAGUGGUCCGGCUAUGGGAUCUUCAUAUAAGUGCUACAUUGAUCCAUUGAAUAUUCAUAAAUUCUACUCCAAACCCGAGGUACUACGACAUCUUGAAACUACAAAGGCCAGCAACUGCUCUUCCAAGAAGAAGAAAGGCACUACUAGCAAGCAUACUCCAAGCAAGGAGGAGGAGAAAUGUAUUGACAAGCAUACUCCAAACAAGGAGGAGGAGAAAUGCAUUGACAAGCAUUCUCUAAACAAAGAGAAGCAGAAACGCACUAACAACAACCAACAUUCUCCAAGUAAAGAGGAAGAGAAAUGUAUUAACAUGCAUUCUCCAAGCAAGGAGGAAGAAGAACACAUCAACAUGGAUACUGGAAGCAAGGACGGAGAGAAAUUCACUAGCAUGCACUCUCCAAACAAUGUUGCGGGCGAGAAGUCUGCUGAAGAGGAUCUACCCCCUGGAUGGAUUAAAGAAGCAAAGAUUAGGAAGAACAGAAAUGGCAUAAGGAAAGAUUGGUUAUAUAUUGAUCCGGAGAGUGGAUAUGUAUUCCAUUCCAAGAAGGAUGUACAGCGUUAUCUUGAAUCUGGAGAUAUAGACAAAUGUGCUAUUAAACCAAGUAGAAGACAAAAUCAAGAUGAAGACAACUCAACUCCAUAUCCUGCUGCCAAAAGACAGAAACCCAAGCAGUCUACACCCAGGCAGAAGACUUCUGCUGCCAAUGAACCAGCUGAAAGCUUAGAAUCACCAGAUGUUAACAACUCAAUGAAAGGGAAAGAUGUGAAUGUGUCAUCUGGAAUGAUGGUUUCUCCUGAUACCUCAGGUGAAUCCUUGAAAGCCGGCUAUCGAUCUUCACGGCGACUGACUGGGGCUGAACCUGUUAAGUUGGCUGACAAUGUGGUCAAUAAUCAGACUCUAGUUCCAAAAAGAAACUUAAGAAAAAACAGAACCACUCUAGCCGCUGAUAUGGAAAAUAAAUCAUCUCAGCAUCUCAAUGGUGUCCCAGAAACUGAGCAACCGAAGCCUGAAUCUCGUACCAACUCAAACAAAUUUAGUAAGAAGAAAGAGCCCCACAUUCCUUGUCGGGCUUCAAAACGAUUGGCUGGAUCUGAAAGCAAAAAGUCUGAAGAAGUCACAGAUGAAUUGCAGCAAGGGGAGGGCGGGCCAGAUCAUCCACCAUUAAAUUCAGAGUCACGAAAUAAAAGAAGAAAAUCUCCUUUAGUCCUACCUGCUGCAGACAAUCAACUGGAAAUGCUUGAAGUGGAUGACGAGAAUUCAGAACCUCAGCUGUCCUUUGCAUUCCACUACUCUUGGUCUGACCCAUGCUUGGAUUAUGCAAUCAAUUCCCUCACUGGUGUGUUACCACCCGUUGAUAAUUCUGUUGAUAAUGGACCGGCUACAGUCCCUGAGACUGAUAUUCAAAAACCUACGUUUGACGACACAGUCACAGGAAGAAGCAGGGACAGUCAAAACAAUUCAGUUGACAAUGAACCCACUACUGUACAUGAAACUGAUAUUCAAAAUCAAAACAAUUCAGUUGAUAAUGAUAAUGGACUCACUACUGUACAUGAAACUGAUGCUCAAAAAACAUUGAUUGACAACGUUACAAGAAGCAAGGACAGCCAAAGCAAUUUGCUUGACAAUGUUACAAGAGGCAGGGACAAAAAUACACCAGUGCAGUCAAAUAAAUCCAAGAGAAAGAAAGAGGUCAAAGUCCCCCCUAUGCGGUUGUCAAAGCGACUUGCUGGCAUUGAACCAGAGGCCAAUCCUUCUGAUAAAGCUCUUGAAUAUUCAAGUAAAAAAUCAAGCAAAGAAGAACCCACUGCAGCUGCACUUUUAACUAAUGGAGCAUCAGACCAUCUCCAUGCUGUGGAAGAAGCCAAGCUUACUCGUCAUGCGUCUGACAGUUUGAAAACAGAAAUACCUGAAAAAUCAUCAAGAAAGAGCGCUAAAUCAUCUAACAGUUUGAAAACAGAAAUACCUGAAAAAUCAUCAAGAAAGAGCGCUAAAUCAUCUGAUGACCAAAUUGUUCACAAGGAACAAGCGUCUGACAGUUUGAAAACAGAAAUGCCUGAAAAAUCAUCAAGAAAGAGCGCUAAAUCAUCUGAUGACCAAAUUGUUCACAAGGAACAACAAUUGGAGAAAGCUGAAGCUGAAAAUGUUAGUGAUGAUAGAUCAAAGCCAGAGGUCACCUUGCCAUUCAGUGAAUCUUGGUCUGACCCAUGCCUAGAAUUCGCAUUCAAGACUCUUACUGGUGCUUUGCCUGUUGAUUCUGCUGCAGAGAUUUUAGAAGUACCGUCUCCUGGUGUUGGUGACCCGCCAAAUAAUGAGUUGCACGAGAGAGUAACCAGCAUUAAUGGAAAAACUCAUGACAACGCAGACCCAUCUUUAAACAAGAAAGAGCAUAAUAUGGCUGGCCAGUCUUCAGAGCAAGAGCAACUUGGGCAACCUGAGUUGAGGACUAGCCCCACAUCUGGCAAAAAUAUGGACGGCGAGUCUUCAGAGCUUCUGCUUAGGCAACCUGAGUUGAGGACUAGCUCAUCUGACAAAAAUGUGCCAAAAUUUACCAACGGAGAAUCUCGUAGUCAUGAAGGCAACAUAAUAAAGAAUUUGGAACCUGUGCUGAAGACUAGCUCCACAUCUACCACUGGAGAAUCUCAUAGUUAUGAAAGUGAAAUGAUAAGGAAUUUGUUUGGAGAACCUCCGUUUGUUGAAGCUGAAAACACAACCCAACUUCUGGAUCAUUCUAGAACUAGUGCACACUCGCAAAUACAAGAAGAGCCAUUAAAGAAAAAUGACCAGAAAAAUGACCAGGUUGCUGAGGGUGAAAUUGAAGCUGAAAACACGACCCAACUUCUGGAUCAUUCUAGAACUAAUGCACACUCGCAAAUACAAGAAGAGCCAUUAAAGAAAAAUGACCAGGUUGCUGAGGGUGAAAUUGGAGCGAAGUCCACGCCAGGGCAGCAAUCAUCAGUGAGCUCUUCAUUCCCAUCUCAGAGCCUGCAAAGUUGUCCCGGAGUUGAUCCACCACAACAAUAUUCCCAGUUCAAUAAUAAUUUUCAGAAAAGGUAA